UUCGUCGGGAGCAGUUUUCCCGCCGACAUUAGCAGUCGGAUGGCCAUGCUUCAAAGCUCAAAACACCCUUUGCUGGGCCGCCCCCCCCCCCUCCCCCUGGCAGCAUGUAUCGCACGCCAAACAAGCGGAGACAUAUUGUCCUCCUGCUACCGAUAUAUAUCACGAGCGCAGGCGGAAUGCAGACAAGAGUGAGGGCCCGGUGCAACUAACCAAUAUCACCAAUUAUUGCCAUGACAUGACAGGGUUCCUUGCUUCGCGACUGGCUGGCUGGCCCAAAGGCCGGAAACGAGAUAGAUCCAUGCAAAAAUAGGGCGGCUCAGCAUCUUCAGAAAAACAAAUGCCCCUCAAAAUGCCUUUUCCACCCUCGCUCAAACUUUAAAGAAUCAGAUCGACUUUUCGGUCGAAUCAUGGUCUGCGAGUAAUAAUGUAUGUUUAUGGAGUACGGGGUCCAUUCCAUUCAAGUUUUCGGGUACGUUUCCUCCG